AUGACACUCCUCGCAUUCGCAUCCCGCUCCUACAAUUUCCCUGUCAGCUCCCGGCAGCGAUAUUCGGUGCAGGUGGACGAGCAGCAGUUACGGGAUGAGCCGAUAUAUUCGAGGAUCGAGAAAGAUCCUCGUCAACGAUUCAGUGUGCUCUCCUUUGACUGCAAUUCCCUCCGGGACCAUCAAAACAAUAUGGCCAUCAUGCAACCGUAUAAUAAUAAUUAUGAAGCGCCGAAAAAAGCCAAAAAUGACAAAAUCUCGGCUUUAUUGAAGGACUCGGAGCAGGAGAGCGUUAAGAAAUAUUUGGGGCCAACAUUAAUGUGCGUGGAUUCGGGUGUUGUGCAGCUGCUAAAAGUCGAGGACAAUGGAAGAGAGCGGAAAUGGCAGUUAAUGAAGCCCGGUUUGGUGAUGUAUAUUCGAGAAAAACGCGGCUGUCCAUCGCUACGACUUGUAGAUCCAGUGGAAGAAGAACGUGCACGCGAAUUGUGGAAACUCGAGUUCCAGUAUCUGCUUACGCUACAUAAUAUGGACGGCCAGACGUUUGGGCUGAAUUUUUCGGAUUUAAACGAGGCAGCGAGCUUUCAGCAUUCGGUGGAGAUGCAGAGGGAGAAACGAGCCAAAAAACGCGACAGCCACGUUGAACAAGCCAUUGAUGCGCCUAUAAGAUCCGCACCGGCCCCUCCAAAGAUUCCCAUGUCCCUUUCUGAUUCCAACAAAUCGCAACAAGCCGAAAACAUGCCCCCGGCGUCAAUUACUGCGGUUGGAGUACUCCCCCUAGCCAAAGAAGAGAAAAAGAAGAAGAAAAAGGACUCUCUAUUAAAAAAAUUCCAAAAUACUCUGCGUGGCAAUGGGAAGAAAAAGAAGCGGCCAGCUUUGACGACCGAGGAUAUUGGCAAUCCGACGAACUUUAGAGUAAAAGCCCAUGUCGGAUUGGACGAUAUGCAACAGGAAACGGUGGAAAAGCUGGCGGCUGUGAUGAAUGUUGAUCAAAAUGACGAGAUUGGAAUGGGGAUCUUGAGGAGAAAUGUGAAAACACAUGGCGAUCAAAUUCGGCAGAGUAUGAGACUGUGGAGUAAAACACCCGGGAAACUGGCAACAAGUCCUAUUGGUGCGCCGACAAUCCCGGAAUAUAAUGUGACUUCACAAGAUCCGUUGAAUGCUUGGGCCGAAAAUGGCAAACUUUCCUCCUCGAAUUCUGAUGAAUCGAUAGCAAGAUCACCGGGUGGCUCGCUGGUUGAUGCCAGGAAUAGCAUAAGGUUAAACAGUGCUAAAGCCGGCCGAAAAACGCCUCACGCCGUCAAGCAAGCAAAUCAACCUAAAAUAAGCAACGGAUCCUCAAAACCCGACAACUUUGCCUACCCUUCCACCUCAACGAUGAGCACGACUACUGUAAUGAAUACGGUAGCAUCGUGGCAACGGCCCGCUGUGCAACAAGAUGUCCCUCCUCCACCAACUCCGGCGAGGACGACAAGCCGGAAAGCUCAAGAUUUUAAGGCUGAAAGACCUCGCCUGUGGGAUCGCGCACCUCCUAAAGAGUACCCAACCAUUGCCAAGAUUACGGUAGACCAGCCACCUUCACAUAAUAUACCCGAGAUUUCAACAUCAGCUCCUCCUCCACCUGGACCUCCACCACCCCCGCCUCCAUUGCCUACCGUAACCUCAGCCCCACCACCACCUCCACCUUUGCCUCCAUCCACUCCGGCCCCGAAAUUGAUUAUCGAAAAAUCGGCUAUUCCGAAGGCUACAGAAUCGUCCGCUGGACAACCGGCGGAUCUGAUGGCGGCAAUCCGCAACUUCUCCUCGAGCUCAGCCCUCAAAGCUGUGAGCCCGACCUCAGAAAAAGCGCCAACGACCCCGAUCACCUCGCCAGGAGAUUCCAUUUUAUUAUCGAUCCAGGAGCAAUUAAGCAAAAGAAGAUUUCAAAUCGAAUCGGAGACUGAAUCUGAAGAUGAGUCUUCCGGUUCUGAUUGGGAGGAGGAC